UGCCGGAACUCACCGUAAUGUUGUUUAUUUGAGCGGCCAUAGUGUUAUUCAUGAAACUCGCAUUUCCUUUUUUGCUCAUUUCUAAAUGAGUGGCAGAGGACUUGAGCAAACGGGCUUCGACUGUGUGAAAGUAAAGUUUGGAGCUCAUCGCAUCCAGCUGUGGAAUGUAGUUUGGGUCCGUGUGUGGUUCCAAGACCUCAGACCUCACUGUCACCGCAUCCCGGCGAGCUUGUCCACCUUCUUCUUCAGCUCAAUACCAUGCCUCCAUCGCGACUUUCCAGGUUGGCCUGUGUUACCUUGUCGGCUCGUUGGGGUUUUAAGUUGAGUCUAGUGGGAUAACAUGGUCGUUUCACUUGUGAGAGAUGUUCAGUGGUUGUGACUAGUUCUGGUGUGAUCUUUAGUGUAGUCACUCAAAGGACGGAACGUGUGUUUGGCUACUUUAUUUGUUUAUGUUUUUCUCAUUUUGUUACUUACAUCACUGAGAUGUGAGCAAAUACCAAUUAAUACGCUCUUUAAAAUCAAAGUCACAACAUUUUACAUGUUCAGUUUUCUUUAAAGAUUUAUGAUCUAUACGUUCACGUUUUGCACGUAGCCUAUCAGUUACAGUUGCACCAGUGAAUAAGAUUUCUGUUUCACAACACUUUAGGAGCUCUUUGAUUUUGUAAUCUUUUGUAAUGUUUGUCAUCAUGACAGUCUUCGUGUGCACCCUUUUUCAUUGUGUAUUUUGUGUGUCUAUUUCUGGUUGUGGUUCUGGUUUCAUGCAGAGCUUCCUGCAGUUUUGUUUCAAAAGUCUGUUUAGAAACCACUUGCACAUAACGGCCUCAGUCUGUAGCACGACAGAAGCAGGCUGCUGACAGAUUUUCUGUCCUGCCCAGACCUUCUUCCCUAUUUUAGAGCAGUAGAACAGACAAACUAACCACAACGGUCCCUGUUUCCGUUUCACAAUUCUCCUCCGUCGGACUUAAAUAUCUCUCAGGCCCACUGCCCCCCGCAGAGACUCCCUCCUGGCUGGAUAAAAUAGCCUACUUGUCAUGUAAUUUCAGCCCUGAAGGCUGGUUUUUCUGGCCCACUGGUUUUAGUGCAGGCGAGUACGUUGCAGACCUUUGCCAAAAAAUGUUCUCCUUCUUAUCUGUCUGAGGUGAGGAGCAGAUGAGAUGGUGUCAUGCAGGGAUGGGUGGAGGGUCAAGGUUUCCUGUUAUUGCAAGAUUGGGGAAUGAGAUAUGCUGCUGUUAUGCUCUGCUGAUCAGGAAUGAGACUUGAGAUGGAACAAGUUGUGCUUGUCUAAAAUGGUUGACAAGCUCUCUAUCUCUUCUUAAGCUGAGGCCACGGCACCAUCGCGACUCAAAACAUCGGAAGUGUGGGACCAUUUUACCAGGGAUGCAUCACAAGGCGCACGGUUCAUGCCACAUUGUGGUCAAAUAAAGAUCCAAUAUAAAGUUUCAAACAACAGGUAGCGCAACACUUGUGUUUACAACAAUUUACAUGCUUUCUUUCUGUUUUAUAUUUUCUGUUUUUACCAUUUACAACGCUACAAUCAGAGAUGUUGUCAUUCCGUACACGGCCAAUCGUCGAGGUUGACUGUGGUUACUUUGAAUGGAUGUGAUUCAAGCUGACAUUAAUAUACUUGUCCAUUUUUUAAUUACAGUGCAUCAGUGCGUUACUUGGGAUUCAGCAUAGAAUAUUUGAAUGAAAUUUUGAGGAAAUUAUUUGGAACAGACUUGAUAUUCAAGUCAAAAGCAUUAGAACCACAAACUCUAGAAGUUAUUUUGUAUGAUUUGCUACUGGCGAUUGCAAACGCAAUAUCACUACCCAGGAAAAUAUUUACUUGUACUAUUCUCGAUGCCUCGGAAAUAAAAAAAAGCGACAAUGAAUGUUUAACAUAAGGAACAGAACAGCAGAUAAAUACUGAAAUGAAUUAAAAUAAUGAAAUAAUUUGGGAGAAAUACUAACAAAAUUAAGACAUCGUGUUUUCUGUAAAAUAGAAAAAGUAAACAACCCAAAUAUGUGUUGGGUACUUGAUCCUCACCACUGUGUAUUUCCAAGGAUACCGGAGACUGGUGAUCAUAUUUUUCAAAGAGUAGAAGGGGAGUUGGCUGCAACUUCUGAGGUUUAGUUGCAGGUCGACUUCUUUCUGCUUCAGUUGUCUUCAAUAGAAGAAAACAGGUUACCGAGCUAAAGGCUGCGAGCUGUGGCUAACGGCUAAUAACAACAACAACAAAAAACCCAUGAAUGCCAGGCAGACCAUCUUUGGUUAUCAGUUGAGUACAGUAGGAUACAUGAGGAACUCCAGCUUUGUGAACCUGUCAGAAUUUGUCAUGACGGCGUCACUCUAGUAUCUACGUCCAUUGCAUUGUACUCCCAGAAAGGGCCCUAGUCAUAUAUCUAUAGACGAUUGAGAGGAGCAUUUGCUGGGCUUUCACCUCUUGACGCCCUCCGCAACCUUGUUCAGUCCAAAUCAGGGAUACACAAAUGUAAUUUUCCUCUGGUCUGAUUUCUGUCCGCAGCUGAAGGUCAGUGCAGAAUGCUGAUGAGCGAGUAAGGCUUUGAUGCAAAGAGUAAACAGUGGAGAUAUCGUUACGGGUUUACGUGCAUAUAACACUGGAGGAUUUUGGAAAGCGUGUCAGUUGUCCGUAGGCUGAGGGUGGACCGGCUUCGUCCAGAGUGCUGCUGGAAUGUGGACCCCACCUCUGCUGGAGGGAGGAGCAGCUCAGUCAGAAGGACGUCUGACACUAUUGUUGGAUCAUCGAUGUGAAACCAGAGUCCACACCUCAGAGCCAUCUGAGGUGGAAACACUUUCACAGCUGUGCUGAGGAGGAGCUGAGCAGAAAGGAGUUCCGUUGCUUGGAAACUGCACAUCGGGAUUUUCAGACUUCUGGAUGCUCCUCUGUUGGCUGCGAAUUAGCUUGGACACAGUUGAGCUUUGAUGGUACAGACUGAACUCAAAGACGGGGAAGAAGGAGAAGGAACGAGGAGACAUUCAAGUCACCGUUCAGUUCACCCGGAACAACCUGACAGCCAGCAUGUACGACCUUGUCAUGAAGGACAAGAGCGGCUCCACCUUCGGCAAGCUGAAGGAGCGCAUUAAGGGGAAGAAGAGGUCGAGCGAGGAGGACUCGUCGUCCGCCAUCUUGCCCGGUGGCUACGGCUCUCUCUACCGCAUGCGCCAGCGGCUGCCCAGCGACGGGGGCGGGGAGGAGGACUAUGAGGACGACGAAGGUGGGGAGGCCCGGCGCAGUAAGAUGAGAACUUUUUUCCUGAGAGGGAAGCUGAGGAAGUCGUCAGACACUCGGUCCAGUACGUCGCUGGGCUCAGAGAGCAGCGAGUCCUCGUCACGAGGGGGCAGCUUGAGUCCCACAGCUGGGAUAAGUGUGGUGGUCUCCGAUCUGUCCAACUCCCCGAGCAACAGCAGCAAUCUGACGGCGGACAACAGCCCGGAGCACGUCGGAGAUCCGUCGUCUCUCCACUGUGAGUUCGGCGACGACACCAGUGAGAUCACCAUAGCAGUGCCUGAGCUCCCGCCGUGCGUUAAUGGAAGCCAUGUGGACAGUGUCCAGCCUGUAGACCCCGGCGCAGGAGUCCGCCAAGGAUCUUUAGGCCUGGGACUGUUGCAGAAGUCUCUGCCCAUAUCCACGUCACUCCAGAACCUUAGCCCCAGAUCGCUCACGGACCUGCCCAAAGGUGCAGCAGGAGACGGGCGUCGCUGGUCCUUUGAUAGACCAGGUGAUGAGGAAAAGGCAGCCAUAGCAGCGGCGCUGGGAAGAAGGGAAGAGGACGCCAGCUCCAGACAGAUUCCUCUGCUCAGGAUCCCUUCCUACUCCUCUGUGAAGGAGGCGGAAAGUCAAGAGAAGGAACAGUCAAACCCCACGGAGGUGAAGCACAGGGGAUGGUUCGGGUCCAAGGACAGCAAACCUAGCCUGGUGGUGUCACCUAAACUAGAUCACAGCACUGAACCUCCCCCCUUUGGUCACGCUGUAGAUUUGGUGGCCCCCCUGUACCACACUAACCCUUUCUGUAGCUCACAGGCCACUCCUCCUCCCCCUCUGUCCACCUGCAACCCUUUCUUCCUGCUCCUUCAGCAGAACCCGUUCUAUGAAGACAUAAACAGAACUCAGUCACUAAAGCCUGCGUUGCCUCCUCUCCCUUUUCUCUCCAGUGCCCGCCCCCCUAUUACGCAACUCUUCCCGCAGGCCAGUAACACUAAUCCCUCCCUGAUUCCUGACAGCUCGAGCAUUCAGCCAAUCCCAGGAUGUGAUGUGGAAGGAGAUGAGGCUUCAAAUGCUUCCCCUAAAGAAGAGAAACCACUCAGCAACCUGUCCGACCUGUUUGUUAAGGAACAAGACUUGGAUGAAUCAUUUGACACGUUUGCCGCUGGAAGACUUUACUCCCCUCAACAGACGAGACUAGAUUGUCAGGAAAAAACAGCAGACAUUUUAGCAAAGGUAGAACCCGUAACAGAUCAAAAAAUGAAUCCUUUUUUAAGCACUCUCCCAGACUCCUCAGUUGGAGCCCACAAAGGCUCAAACCUUCCUCAACUCGACUUGUGUUCAUUUGGCCUUGACACAAUUCCUGAGGAUGAAAGCUUUGAGAACAACAAUGAAAUGCCCAACUCACCUGAAGAGUUAAUCCCUAAGAGCAGCACUAAUACUUCAACCAACACUAAUAAGCUUAGCAGCAGAUCCCCAGACCCCAGUUCCUCUGGUCUCGGAAGCUCCUCGGAGGAAGAUUUCCUCUCCUGCAACUCUUCUUAUUCGGCAUCCGACAAAGUGUCUGCUUGCUCAUCGGACGAGGGUCUGGAUUUUUCCUCUGGCUCAGCUCCUGAAUCAGCUGUAAUCCGUCCCAUAAACAAGUCCGAGUUGGAGGAGGAGACCAGUGACAGAUCUCACGAGUGGUCUUCAUCUGAUGGACUGCAGUCUACGGUUAUUCACAGCCCGGCGAAUGAUGAAAAGGCCGUUGUAGAGCCUACCCAAGAGUCCAUUUCAUCCCAACCUGCUGUCAUUCCUGAAGGGGACAACACUGAAGUGGGACAUUCAGUAAGCAUCUCCAGUGUUGAUUCUCCGGACCCACUGCCUGAACUCCCUGUUUCUUCAGAGCCACAUACUCUACAGGAGUCUAUUAUCUUGCCAAGGUUUGACAAUGCCGAGGAGGAGAAGCGUACACCUCCACAGCGACAGGGUUCCCCAGGACCAGCUCUAGAUAGUGACCUCUUUUCCAACCAUCCGUCCUUCAUCACAACAUCCUCCCCUGAUGCUAAACAUCAAGAUUCGCCCUUGGAAAGCACGGCGCUGGAGAGCAGUUCCAACCCGCCAGUGAUGUUUCUUGAAUUUCCAACUGUCCCUGGUCCUGAUCUGGACACCUCACUCUUGCACACUCAGACAUCCGAACAUAGCAGUGCUCUCCAGAGUCUAUACAUCAGCACAGACUCACAGAAUUUCCACAGCUGCCACUCAAAUCCCUUCACCAGCAGUUUUGACGGACCCGAGGGCCUGAACUCUGCUAACUCAACACUCUGUGGUGAGCUGAGCCAGAUGGUUGAUGGGACCGACUUUGGCCAAAGCAGUACUGCUUCAGAGAUCAUCCAUCCUUCAGAGAGCCCUGCUGUUUCUGUGAACCAAGAUGAAGCUUCUCAGAUAAGUUUGGAAAAUGUACCUCAGGAACCCUCAUCCUCAUGGAACCCUUUUGCUGGUAUGUUGUCCGAAUCAUUUGAUAAACCUUCCGUCAUUCUGGAUAUGAACAUAUGGGGAACGCCUAGUGAGGAAAAGCAACAACCUGAGGACUUUGAAAUCACACUAGACUCAAAAGAAACAAGUGUCGAGAUCACCAACGACUCGGCUACACAAGACCCUACUCCUGAUUUCAGUAGUUUUGGAGAUACAUUAACACAAUCUGUUGACGAAAAACCACUGGGUGUUCAGAACAAGGACCUGCCGGCAGAACCUUCUGUAGAAAUGCAACAAUCCGAGAGCAUGGACCAAACAGAAACUCCUGAACCAAGUUUAAAGAUUACAGAUGACUUGUUCUCGCAAGAACCUCCUGCAACGUCAUACACUUUAGAUACUUCACUGGCGAAAUCAGUUGAAGAUAUUUUCGAUGACGAGCUAAGGGCAGCCGCUGCUGGAGAUAACCAGGAAUCUGAGAGUUUGGACAUUGAUGUUGUCCAAGCAGAAACUUCUCCUAAACCAACUGACACUAAUGACUUACUUCCACAAGAACCAGCUGCCUCUUUGAACACUUCAGUAGGUCAGACCUUAACUGAAUCAGUUGCUGAAAAACCUUGGGUUGUUGAUACUGAAGACCCAUGGGGAAGGUCAGAUGGAGAAAUCCAACUAUCUGAGAACUUUGGCAUGGCUUUGGACCGGAAGGAAAAGUCUGGGCCGAGUUUGUUUGAGGCCACCAGCGACUUGGGUCCUGAUAAGUCUUCAAAUUUGGCUGAUUCAUUUACAGAACCAUUUAAAGAACCUUGGAGCGUUUUCGACAACGACCCUUGGAGAUCACCUAAUGAAGGAAGUGACAGCUUCGGUAUUGCCACAGAGCAAAGAAACGCAAGCUAUUUCACAGCAGCUGGUUUAUUUCCACAAGAACCAGCUGCCUCGACGAAGAGUUCAGCCGAUUUGUUCGCGACAUCAGCUAUUGAAAAUCCAUGGGGCAUUCAAGACGAUGACCCGUGGAGCGUGCUAGACAACGCUGCCGUGGAGCCGAAAGAAACCCCUCAAAGUUUCAUUAUGCUCAAUGACAUUAUCCCUCUUGACGUUUCUACAACCACCAGUGUAGGUGGCGCAGGGUCAGAAUCAGCAUUGGAUGACCCGUGGGGUAUCCAAGAUGGUGACCCGUGGAGUGUGCCUGCUGGGGAAAUCCAGCGGUCUGUGAGCUUUGGAUUUUCCACGGACGCGUCACUAACCUCUUGGCCCAGUGUAAUGCACACCAAAGAUUUUUCUGCCACGUCAACAAACCUAAACGACUGGACGGAAUCGGUUGAAAGUCCUUGGGGCGUCCGAGACGACACGCAGACAGGGAAGGCUCGACACCGCUCCCAGUCUGUCGGAACACUACCAGCCAGCCUGCACAAGGAAGUCGCUCCCUUCUUUGAGUUUGACUCCGUCAUGCUCCAGGAUCCGUCCUCCUCCCAGCCUGACCUCCCCUCUCUAACCUCUUUUGCUCCUUCUUUCAUCCCUGAAAACGGUAGUUUCUCCCUUCCCUCCAAUUCUAACACCUCAGCGAGGUCACCACCUGACAUUGUCGGACCUCCAGUGCCAGCUCUCGCCAUUGCACAGGAAGUAGAGCAGCAGCAGCAGGAAGCCAAUCAGCGGACGAGCCCUCAUCCUGUGAAGCCCCUCACGUCUGCCACGCUGGGUGAAGAGAAGCGCGGAGAGGGGAGGUCCGUUCUGGAGAAGCUCAAGUCCACCAUCAGUCCUGGGAAGAACAGCCACCUCAGCGAGCUGGAGCCGGAGAGGAGGAAGUCUCUGACAGGAGGAGCGGGAUCCUACUACCACCUGACCCACAGCGAACUGGUGGCCCUGCUGGUGCAGCGGGAGGCGGAGCUGGAGAAGCAGAAGAAGGAGUUCCAGCAGCAGAAAACCCUCCUGGCCAAACGGGAGGUGGAGCUGAAGAGGCUGAAGCCGCAGGUGCGGGACCUGGAGGACUACAUCGACACGCUGCUGGUGCGCAUCAUGGAGCAGAAGCCCACGCUGCUGCAGGUGCGCACCAAGCUCAAGUGACCAUCGCCACAGCUCCCCGGCCUCUUCACUGCUCUGCUCUCGUCUUUUGAUACCAACGUUGAAGCACCAAGAGAUGCUGAGGCGGCCUUUUCCAGCCGGCAUGCUUUACUGAAACACGUGGGUGAAGUCGGGCUGAGUCCUCAGGUUGUAUUCAGGUCACUCACUUUGGUUUGAAGCUCACCGAGAAGUGAGUGUGUGUGUCUGUGUGUGUAUGAGGGAGGGUCCGGAAUUCACCCCACCACUCGCUUUUAUCACAUUUGUUAUUAUGCAGAUGAGCUCCUUUCUUAAGACAAAAUGAAAUUAAACUGGAUGUCACUCAUCAGUGAACGUAGCUUUCUGCCACAUGCUCCAUCCAGUCACAGCGACGUUGCUCGAGUUUUCAGUGUAAAAUCCCGCACCCCGCUGCUUUGUCCCAAAACAGCACUGGAAAGCAGGAAAAUAAUUGGACAAACUGACAUUUAAAUAAUGCUAGAAAUAACGGUGGCAACAUAUUAAAUAUUAUAUAUUAAUUAAUAUAUAUUUUAUUAUUAUUGGCCGAAUUCACUUAAGCAGCAUUCCAUUUGUACGUACAUUGAUUUUGGAUUAUUUUGCAAUUGCUGCUUUAAUAACCCAAAUUUGUCAUUUUUUGUCAUUUGAUUAUGAAACAUAAGUGCUGCCUGAAUUGGUUAAUAUCAAGAGAAAUAAAUCAUUUAAACAAUGAGGGCCGAAGGAUUUGCUCCUUGUCAGCCACCUGAGUCGAGGGCUCACGGCCUGUGUCGUGCGCAGCCUCUCUGCUCUCAAGCGUCGGACCUCUUUGUCAGUGUAAACUCUCGCGACAUGCUGCUACUUGACCGCGCUCCCUCAGUUCCCAUGUUUCACGUCGGCUGCUGCUCUGGCAUGCGUUCUGCUACAGUUUCAGGUGUUACAGAGGGAGAUUAAACACAUUUACAGCGUAGAUAUGCCAUGUUCCCAAGCCAAACGCUGCCUUAUUUGAGUUUAAUUUUGAAAUCACCAACUUUCUUUCUAUCUAGCACUUCAUUUUACAUGUUCGGGCAAGUUUUAUGAAAAGCCAUUUUUUGUCUUAUGCACAACAAUACAUUUUAGGCUUAGUGGUGGUAGGAGUAGAUGCAGUGAUUUACUGUGAGAUGCCAAAAAAAUAGAAAAAAAAAAAGCCUUGAAAACAAUUCUGUGGAGCAGAUUGACUGAACAAUGCCACUUUAUACAACAUUUGUGGAUGUUAUUGCACUAGAAACCAGAGCAGACGUCUACUGUACCUGUCUAUUGUUGGUGGUAUAGUUAGUCCAUGCACUUUCCUGACUCUGAGGAGCUUGUUUUACCUACUGAGCUAGUUGUGUCAAAAGUCUCCACAGUCACCUUAAAUCUGCCGUCAAAUCCAGUGAGUAAAUAAACGUGUAGCUAUUUGAAAUCAGCACUUAAGACGUUCAAGUUUAAAAGUCCAUGUCUUCCAUUUUAGAGACGUUUUUAUUUCAAUGUUCUCGGUCGUGCCGCCCGUGGAGAGGAGCGUGUGAAAGGAGCGAAAGUUUACAAUUCUUGAUGCAAUUCUGUUUCACAAAUUUUGUAUAUUUAAUAAAGAGUAUUUUGUGUUUCUUGCUCAGCGGAUGUUUGUCGAAUGAUUAUUUUGAUCGGCUGUUUUGGAGACACUCAUUUUUUAACUUCAGGCCAUGUACUUUAAACACGAAUGGAUCUGUUAUGAUUUUAAAUAAUUGUAGCAUUAAAAUAUUUUUCUAUCA